AUGCAGCAUCUGCAAGUGCAACAAUCCUGCUCCUCCGAAAGAUUACCAAAGUUGGACUACAGCGACAACAGCGUGGGAGCGAAUCCAUAUCGACUUCGCCGGCCCAAUACUCGAUCCAUGUGGCUAAUCUGUGUAGACGCUUACUCGCAGUUCCCAUUUGUAGUUCAAAUGUCGUUCACUACAACCGUUAACACGAUCGCUGCACUAUCAUCGAUAUUCGCCAUCGAAGGAUAUCCAAAAACCAUGGUCAGCGACAAUGGUCCGCAGCUUACGGCUGACGCCUUUGAGGAAUUCUGCAAACGUCAUGGAAUAAAACACAUUACCACAGCACCGUUCCAUCCAGCAUCCAAUGGAUUAGCAGAGCGUUUCGUUCAGACGUUCACUCCAAAUUCCUACAGAAAAUCUUGCGCCGAGUUAAUCCAUGGUCGCUCAAUCCGUACCGUAAUAAGUCAACUUUUCGAGCAGCCUGUCGAAGCCAAGCAAUCGGUUACCAAGUACGUCGCAAAUUAA